CAGAUACAACUUCUCCACUUGAUUUAAUCCAUUCCUGGUUUUGUCUCAACCUGCAUGAAAAAAAAAAAACUGACCGUUUAGCAGCACCCUAAAGCUUUGGUGACUGGUUGUUUUUGUUAGGUUUCAAUUCUGCCUAGAGGUCCAAAAAGAUAGAUAGAAGCCGUAACAUUUAAAAAUAUGAUUUUCAGUGUGAACAAAACCUUUUAAAGGGGUUAUCUGAGACUGAAUAACCCCCGCUACAAUGCCCGACCAGCAACACUGUGCAUAUUCUACCUGCUCCCUGAACGGGGCGCCAUGACGGCUCAAAAAGAUGGCAACCUUCUAGAGGUAGAGGAAGGGGAUACCCUCCUAAGCCAGAAGCCUCUACCCGUCCUACCCAGUGACACACUAACUCAGGUAGGAGGCAGACUAAAGCAAUUCUCCUCCGCCUGGCAAGAAAUUCACGCCUCCCCUUGGGUCACUCGUACCGUAAAGGAAGGCCUAAAGCUAGAGUUUGUUUCCCCACCCCCAGGUCAUUUUUGUAUCAACCAAAGACAACAGCCCGACAAACAGGCAUCCCUAGAGUCAGAAAUAGCUACAUUAAUCCUCAAAGGAGUCCUCAUCCCUGUUCCGGAAGAACAACACGGCAAGGGUUUCUAUUCCCCUAUAUUUUUGAUAAAGAAACCAAACGGCUCCUUUCGCCUAAUAAUAAAUUUGAAGUCCUUAAACAAGUCCAUCAUUUACAAGAAAUUCAAAAUGGAGACCAUAAAAUCUACCACUCAGAUCCUUCCGCAGGACUGCUUUAUGGCUACCGUCGACCUUCAGGACGCUUACUACCACGUCCCAAUAUACCACAGGCACCAGUGUUUUCUGAGGAUCGCAAUUUAUUAUCAAGGAAGAUUGUCCCAUUUUCAGUUCACAGCCCUUUCUUUUGGCCUAUCCUCUGCCCCCAGAGUUUUUUCAAAAAUAAUGUCAGAUGUCAUGAAGUUUCUUCACCUUCAGGGAGUACAGAUCGUUCCAUACCUGGACGACUUUCUGGUGUUUGCGGAGUCGCGCCAACUUCUACAUUCAUGCCUCAAGCAAAUCCAGGACUGUCUUACAACUCUAGGGUGGAUAAUAAAUCCCAAAAAGUCAGACCUUAUCCCCAGUCAGGAGAAGGUGUUUUUGGGGGUGCUGUUGGACUCAAGGCGUCUAAUGUCUUUUCUUCCUCAAGACAAACAGUCUCACUUAAUCCAGACAGUGUCUCUUUUUUCCAGCAAAGAUCGGUCCUCGAUAAGAGACAUCAUGGCGGUGCUGGGACUGUUGACAGCCGCAAUCCCGUCAGUAAGGUGGGCCCAGAGUCACACGAGUCCUUCAGGCCUUUCUCCUAUCUUCAUGGGACGGAAAGAACUCAUCUCUAGACAGAAAGGUUCACGUUCCCAGACAGGUAAAACAGUCACUAACUUGGUGGAGAAUAAAAGGGAACCUGAGCGUAGGGGUUCACUGGUGCCCAAGAGAUGUCAUGGUCAUUACAACAGACGCCAGCAGCUCAGGAUGGGGAGGUCAUUCUUCAGGAGCGGUAGUUCAGGGAUCCUGGGGAAAAAACAUGCAGGACGCCUCCUCAAAUUUAAAAGAGCUGUCAGCUGUCCACAGAGUUCUCCUUUCCCUUUACAAAGUUCCCUCUCCAAGACACGUAAAAUUUUUUACAGACAACACUACAGUUGUGGCGUAUGUAAACAAGCAAGGGGGAACCAGAACUCGCUCACUGGCGGAAGUAUCAAAAGGCAUUUUUUGUUGGGCAGAAAAGAGCCUUCUGUCCCUUUCGGCGGUACAUAUCAAGGGGGAAAAAAAUGUGGUGGCCGAUUAUCUCAGUCGCCAUCUCAUAAGGGAGGCCGAAUGGUCCUUAAAUCACCACGUCUUUAG